CGUGGGGUGUGUUUCAUUCUGAGGCGCUUGCUCCGAACCGAUAAUCUCGCCGUGAGAAACGCGUCGUUCCCGUUCCGUCCGCUUGAAAUUCGAAUAUUUAUAAUCGUAUCGUAUAUUUGUAUUUAAAAUAUAAACGCCCGCUUAUUUAUGCGCUCUCUGUGUGAUCGUUGACAGUUUAUAAUAGGGCGCGAAGAUAAAAUAGAUUUGUGACCAGUUUCAAUAAAUCAAAUUAAGCCGCAAAAUGAGCCUGAGAUUUGUGGCGAUCGCUUGUGCUCUGCUGCUCCUGUACGUCACAAGUGUCCUGUCGGCGGCAACCACAGUGCGUCCCUACAAGUUCGGCUUCACCAUCGACGAGCAGCAGCAUCGGGCCGAGAAGCGAGAUGAACGCGGCAUUAUCAUGGGCGAGUUUGGGUUCAUCACCGCCGAUGGAAUCUACCACGUGACCGUCUACGCCACCGACGAGGAGGGCAAGUUCCGCAUUUUGUCCAUGAAGAGCUAUCCCUAUUCAGGUCCCGUCGGUCCAAAGACGCUUAUUGCCACAACGACUCCGAAGGCCCUGCCACUUCCGGUGGCUCUGCCCAAGUACAACUUCAACACGGAGGCCUGUUCGGGCUGUUUCCUGAAGAAGUCCCCUCCCAAAACGGAGAUUCGCACCCUUUCGCAGCCAUUGGCUCCAGGUCAACCAGGUAAGGCCCAAGGCUUCGCCCCGGCUAAUGGCUUGAAUGUCCAGCUGCCCUUCGUGGACUCUAUUGAGCAGACUGUGGCUCAACGCCUUGGUUUGGUCCCGGGAGCACAACAAUACACCAACACCGUCACCAACACUUACCCGAAUGCACCCACCAAAGACAUCGAACUCGGUCUUAACUUGGCCUUGAACACACUGCACAAAUCGAAUGCCGCUGUAACCGGUCAUGUGAGCACCCAGACCUCCAAUUCCCACACACCGAGUGCCAGUACAAGGAUUGACUACAAUGUGGGCGUGUCUGAGAAGGCGGGACCAUUGGUCUCCCCCUUGAACAUCCAGUUGGACGCAGAGGCCAUAAAGGAGGCCAUUACAUAUGCCAGCAGGACAACGGGUCCUGUGGCCCUGGCCAAUCAGCCACCUGUGGCUCCCGCUUCGGUGCCUGCCAGCGAAGUGAAAAUCUUCGCAGUGAGUGAUCAAGCCAGCGGUUCCCUUGCCAGUGGUUCCCUUGGUAGUGGUUCCCUUGCUAGCGGUUCCCUUGCCAGCGGUUCCCUUGCCAGCGGUCCCUUUGCCAGCGAUAUUGAUUCUGUAGCAAGAUAUCCCAGUUUGGGCAUCAAGAACAAUCCUCGAUCGGGAGUUGCUUCUGCGAAGAGAGUGGGGCAUUCGAAACCACAAAACACACGCACACAGAACACACAACAAGCACAACUUUUGAAUUCAGCAACCACCCCGGGAAUUUCUGGAGUUUCAGCCAAUUCACCAACCGGAAGUGCACCCUCAAGCGGUGGAAGUUUAGGAUUCGGAAAGACGCCAGCUGGAAGUAUUUCUGGUAAAGGACCUGGAGGUAUUGGAGCUGCUGGAGGUUCGAUUGGAGGAAGCUCUCCAGGAUCGGGAAGCUUUUCUGGAGGACCUGGUGGUGCUUUCAAUGGAGGAGUUAACGGUGGAAGCAAAUCAGCUGGAGGACCAGUCGGCGGAAGUGGACCAGGAUCAGGAGCUGGAGGACCUGGUGGUGCUUUCGGUGGAGGAGCUGCUGGCGGAAUCAGUGGAUCUAGAGGAUCAGCUGGCGGAAGUGGACCAGGAUCGGGAAGCUUUUCUGGAAAGCCCCAGGCAGGAGGAUCCGGUGGCGUAGGAUCACCUGGAGGUUCGGGAAGCGGAGGUCCCUCUGGAUCAGGUUUUGGAGGAACGGGCGCUGCUGGAAGCAAAUCCUCCGGAUCCGGCGGCAGAGUUGGCUCUGGAAGCGGCAGUGCAGCUGAUGCAUCGGGAGAUCUGUACAGGUUCGAGUACAUCCUGGACUACAACGGACACGAGGAGACCGGCGGUCGCAACGGGGACAAGAAGGGCAGCUACUUCGUCAUCGGCGAGGAUGCAGUGCAGCGGACCAUCGAGUACAUUGCGAACGAGUUCGGGUUCCAGCCGCACGUCAGUUGGCGGAAACUGGACGCCAAGGAGGCGCUGCCGGAGGAGAACUCGCUGAAGCACUACGAGUUCAAGUGGUUCAACCAGGAGCAGUGACCGGUGAUUCCUCAGCGGAUUCAGCGGAUUAGUCCAAGUCUAGAAUAGCCUCCUUUUGCCCCUGCCCCUUGCUGUAAAUAACACCUCUUUUGUUAAUUUUCGAAUAAAGACAA